GCCCGCCAUCCACUCAGGAUCGGCGCUACGAGCCUGGAUGUUGCGCGGAUCAUCCCUACGACUCCCUACUUUAGCCCUUCUGGCGAGUCGUCGAGCUGAGCCAGCUGGUGUCUUAGCUAAUGGAUUCACUCAACAGUACUGGAGUGUUUGCAUGCACGCGAGAGAAGGAGCAUUGAGACUCGAGAGCCAUGGAAACGAUCGACCGGAACAUGUGAUCCAUCCACGUCAGGAGAGCCCAGUAACUUAGUGCUAUAGAUAGGUAGGACUAGGCUCCGGCUGUGUGUAGCAGAUGCAGUUCUUGGACAACCUCAUCCCAUCCCUGGGGUGCUGGCAGCUUGACUUUUACGGGCGCGCAACAAAUCAAUCCCAUCAACAGUAGAUUUGGACAGAAGCGGCAGACCCGAAAUCCAAUUCAUAAAAGACACAAGAAAGAAAGCGGAUCCCAUCCGUGGGCCUGAUAUCAGAAGGAAAAUCUUUCGUUCAAAGCAAAGCGGAAAUACUUUUACUCAUCGGCGGGCCUUGAGGAAAAAAAGCAAGCUUAAGCUUCUUCUGCCUUAUGGGGUGACUGUGGGUAAUUGUCCACCCUCCAUUGCGACUUAGUGCAAAGGACUAGUAUUUCCCUCGUAAAAG